CACGCGCAAAAUGAUUUUGUAAAUGUACUACUACGCAUCUUACUUGUUGUGAACUUCUAAGUUUGAUUACCCCUGCAACACUAUUAAGACUUUAGGUUAGGUUAGGUUAAUCUUGACAUUGGCUUGAAUUUGGCUUACUGACUACAUGUAUAGGACUAAUUAUUCUUUACUUAUCUGAGUGCAAAUUGCAAUACCCUUUUGUCUUAAAUAAUUUAUUAGUUCUGUGAAUCAAGGACUCUGCAGUGUAAAAAAGAUUCUGAAUCUUGCCUUAAUAACUAAACGCAAUUUCUGAAAUUUUUCCCACACAUCUUGUCAACAACAGUGAUAUCACACAAUACUGUAUGCCUCUUAUAUAUUUAAGAAAUUCAAUUUUAAUUCAUGUUACAGUUUUAUUUUUUGGAUACUCCAUUACUGCAUUGAAUCAGUGCUCAAUCAAGUAACCCUUCAAGACUCAUUUAAAACUGUUUAUGUCCGUUAUUACUUUUGUUGAAGUGGGUAAUGCGUUAUACAGUUUGAUGCCAGGAUGAGGAAUGCGAUAGUGCUGUAUUUGUCCUUUGUAUAUGUGGAUAGCUUAUUUCUCAUGUUUAGUAGCUAUUUACAGAUGAAUUAUGGGUGCCAUGUGGAGUGCUACUGUUUAGUUUUUCUUUUACAAUUACAGCAUUAUCUGGUAGGUAUAUACAAAGAAGUGGUAGUAUUUUAUAUUUCCUCAACAGCUGCCUGCAUGAUGACAUUUGGUCCACUAUUUCCAUUAAUUCUGUACUCAAAAUGGUUUAAAACUUGUAUCACUGUUUUCCAAAAUACUACAUGAUAUUUGAAUACUGAGAGAGCAUAAGCAAAAUAUGUGGGCUGGAAGUCUUCACACACAAUAGAAAAUGGCACAUAUUCACCUACAGUAUCAAAAACGUCCACAGAAUAGGCUAUAUAUUGAAGAAAGAGGGACUUCAAACAGCAUAUAGGACAGACAAUACAGCACAGAAAAAACUCAGAACAUAGGAGACACCCACAGAUAAGCUCAACAGAUCAGGAAAAUAUCAACUCACAUGCAUCACUUUUCAAUCAGUAUUCGUAGGACAAACAUAGUGCUCACCGCGUUUUACGUAAUAAAAAGGCGUUUAUAAAGAAAGAAAUUACGCAAAGUACAUUAACAUGUGCGCACAGUGUCCUUGGAACACAAAAGGAAAAGGAUCAGUCACAACAAAACGUUAAUAGUAACACAUAUAUACACGAAACAUUUGACAUGCAAAAAUCAAGUUUUUCAAAAAUCAGGGGAUGCGUUAACUCACCCAGACUUUCAUCUUUUGGUUUGCAGAUGACAAGCUAUCAGUGCAGGAAACCAUACUAGUGGUCCUGCAAAACCAUAUAAUGUAAAAUCACGAUAAGAAGCAAAACGAAGAAAAACUUCCUUUAGACUCACUUUGUUAAAUUACUUACAACCUAAAAUACGUUCACUUUUCACAGUUUUUCAAUAAACAAAAACCCACUGAUGAUGGCCCAGACGUGCUCUAACAUUUUUGGGUAAAAAAAAAAAAACAGUGUGUUGGCAAAAAGGCGGAACCCAUAACCUAUAAAGUGUGUUUUCUGUUUUUCAGAGAGUUGAAAAUGAGUGACAAGGGAAGUGUAAACGACACAGACAUUGAAGCUGAUUUGGAUGAGAUGGCAUCAGAUUCUGCUCGUGUACACGACGAGUCAGUUGAUGAGAUGCACACAGCGGCCAAUUCAUCUGGGGCACAUGUUCCCAUUGUAACACGCCAGCCUUCCCAUAUCAGUGAAAUGCUGGAGGACCUGCCAUUGGGCUAUCGAGACUCGUCACUUGUGCAGGGAGAAGAGGUAGCUGUGGAGAUAUGGCCGCCCAGUGUCACAGAGCACUCAGGACUGGAGCAGCUUCUCUCACCCUGUGACACCAGCAGACCAUCACAUGUGUAUUUCAAUGACUGUGAUAAUGACAUUUCAUAUAAUGAUGGUGACAAUCACAGUGAUACUGAUAAUUGUGACUGUACUGAUAUUGACAUCAAUGAAAGCAAUAUUUGUUUAUUUCAUUUCCACGAUUUUUAUAUUGGUAACUAUAACAGAAAUAACGAAACAUUAUCAGUUCUUGACAUAGGGAAUUAUUCAUUUUUUAGUUAUAACAUUCAUGACCAAAACUUUUGGUUUCUUAGGUAUAGUGGCUCAAACAGUAUCCCAUCAUUGCUACCAACAGUUCAUGAUAUUGUAUUUAAUAUAUUUUAUAUGUGUAGAGACACUGAUAAUAGCGAUUAUACUAAUACUGUCGUCAAUGAAAAUGUUUGUUUACUUCAUUUCCAUGAUUUUUAUAUUGGUAGCUAUAACAGAAAUAAUGAAACAUUAUCAGUUCUUGACAUAGGCAACUAUUCAUUUUUUAGUUAUAACUUUCGUAACCGAAAUUUUCAUUUUGUUAGGUAUAAUGGCUCAAACAGUAUUUUGCCAUUGUUAUCAAUAAUACGUGAUAUUGUAUUUAGUAUAUUUUAUAUAUAUCACGACAAUACUAAUAUUGGCACCAAUGGAAACAAUAUUUGUUUACUAAAUUUUCAAGAUUUUCGUAUCGGUAAUUAUAACAGUAAUAAUGAAACAUUAUCAGUUCUUGACAUAGGCAACUAUUCAUUUUUUAGUUAUAACUUUCGUAACCGAAAUUUUCAUUUUGUUAGGUAUAAUGGCUCAAACAGUAUUUUGCCAUUGUUAUCAAUAAUACGUGAUAUUGUAUUUAGUAUAUUUUAUAUAUAUCAUGAUAAUACUAAUAUUGCCACCAAUGGAAGCAAUAUUUGUUUACUAAAUUUUCAAGAUUUUCGUAUCGGUAACUAUAACAGAAAUAAUGAAACAUUAUCAUUCCUUGACACAGGCAAUUAUUCAUUUUUUAGUUAUAAUAUUCAUAAUCGAAAUUUUGGUUUCAUUAGGUUUAAUGGGUCAUACAGUAUGUCUUCAUUGUUGUCAACAGAAUUUGAUAUUGUAUUUAAUAGAUUUGGUAUGUAUAUUACUUACAUAUGUUACAAUGAAAUCAAUAUUAUGUUAGUGUUACAGUUAGUAUUGCUAUUGUAUAUUUUAUAUAUAAUCCAUAUGCACUAUUAAACUGAAAAUAAAGCGAUUUUUUGUUAUAAUGUUCGUAACCGAAAUCUAGGUUUUGUUAGGUUUGAUGGUUCAUACAGUACCUCUUCUUUGUUGUCAAUAGAAUUCGAUAUUGUAUUUAAUAGAUCAGGUAUGUAUAUUUCUUAUAUAUGUAAUAAUGAAAUCAAUAUUAUGUUAGUAUUGCUAUUGUAUAUUUUAUAAAUAAUCCAUAUGCACUAUUAAAAUGAAAAUAAAACGAUAACCUAUG